CGGCGGCGGCGGCGGCGAUGGCCAGGGCCGGGGCUCUGGCGGGUCUGGUGGCGGGCUUGCAGAGCCCGCGAGUCGUCUCCAGCCCGGAUUCGGACUCAGACACAGACUCGGAAGACCCGAGUACGCGGCGCAGCGCGGGCGGGCUACUCCGCUCGCAGGUCAUCCACAGCGGUCACUUCAUGGUGUCGUCGCCGCACAGCGACUCGCUGACCCGCCGGCGAGACCAGGAGGGGUCCCUGGGAGUCACCGACUUCGGGCCGCGCAGCAUCGACCCCACACUCACCCGCCUCUUCGAGUGCAUGAGCCUGGCCUACAGUGGCAAGCUGGUUUCUCCCAAGUGGAAGAAUUUCAAAGGUCUCAAGCUGCUGUGUCGGGACAAGAUCCGUCUCAACAACGCCAUCUGGAGGGCCUGGUAUAUCCAGUAUGUGGAGCGGAGGAAGAGCCCCGUGUGUGGCUUCGUGACCCCCCUGCAGGGGCCUGAGGCUGAUGAGCACCGGAAACCGGAGGCCGUCGUCUUGGAGGGCAAUUACUGGAAGCGGCGCAUCGAGGUGGUGAUGCGCGAGUACCACAAGUGGCGCAUCUACUAUAAGAAGAGGCUCCGUAAGUCCAGCAGGGAAGGGGAUCUCCAGGCCCCAAAGCAGGCGGAAGGAGGGUGGCAGCCACCGGAGCGAUGGUGCGAGCAGCUCUUCACCAGUGUGGUGCCUGUGCUGCUGGGGGGCCCAGAGGAGGAGCCUGGCGGGCGGCAGGUUCUGGAUCUCGAUUGCUUUCUCUCCGACAUCUCCGACACGCUCUUCACCAUGACCCAGCCCAGCCCCACGCCCCUGCAGCUGCCCCCCGAGGACGCCUAUGUUGGCAAUGCUGACAUGAUCCAGCCAGACCUGACGCCUCUGCAGCCCAGCCUGGAUGACUUCAUGGAGAUCUCAGAUUUCUUCACCAACUACCGCCCCCCACAGACGCCUACACCUUCAAACUUCCCAGAGCCCCCCAGCUUCGGCCCUAUGGCUGACCCUGUCCUCAGCAGUGGGAUCCUGGGCUCGGAGGUACCCCCUGCCUCCUCGGGCAUGACCCACCUCUCCGGGCAUAACCGCCUGCAGGCUCGAAGCAGUUGCCCUGGCCCCCUGGACUCCAGUGCCUUCCUGAGUUCUGAUUUCCUCCUUCCUGAAGACCCCAAGCCCAAGCUCCCACCCCCUCCCCAACUCCCACCCCUCCUCCAAUACCCUAGCCCUGCCAAGGAGCUUGGCUUGGAGCCCUGUGCCCCACCGCACUUCCCUCCCAUGGCUCUGCCCCCUGCUCUGCUUCAGGAAGAGCCUCUCUUCUCUCCCAGAUUCUCUUUCCCUACAGUCCCUCCUGCCUCAAGAGUGUCCCCAGUGUCUGGUCCCACAGCCUUCCCACCCACCCCACAGCCUGGCCCGGUCCCUGCCCCGGCCCCCUUCCCCAUAGACCUUCUACCCUCAGGGUGUUCAGACCCCCCGUUUGGGCCUCACUUCAUACCGCCUCAAGGCGCACGGCCCAGAGUCAAGCCCCCCACCCCAUCCCCUAGGGGGCAGAAGCCCAGUACCCCCACCUUGGCCCCUGCCACUGCCAGCCCCACUGCCACUGCCGGGGGCCACAACCCUUGCCUCACACAGCUGCUCACAGCAGCCAAGCCUGAGCAAGCCCUGGAACCACCACUUGUGUCCAGCGCCCUCCUCCGGCCUCCAGGGUCCCCGCAGGAGACAGUCCCUGAAUUCCCCUGCACCUUCUUUUCCCCGACCCCGGCCCCUACACCACCCGGGCCACCUCCGGGCCCGGCCACACUGGCCCCUCCCAGGCCCCUGAUUGUUCCCAAAGUGGAGCGGCUUUCACCCCCAGCAUCCAGCGGUGGUGAGCGGCGGCUGUCUGGGGAGCUCAACUCCCUGCCGGGCCCUGGGACUCUGAGGAUCCGCACCUCUCCCCCUCAACCCAUCCUAAGCCAGGGCCGUCCAGACAACAAGAUGGAAAACCGGCGCAUCACGCACAUCUCUGCAGAGCAGAAGCGGCGCUUCAAUAUCAAGCUGGGAUUUGACACGCUGCAUGGGUUGGUGAGCACACUGAGCACCCAGCCCAACAUCAAGAUGAGCAAAGCCACCACACUGCAGAAGACGGCCGAGUACAUUGCCAUGCUGCAGCAGGAACGUGCGGCCAAGCAGGAGGAGGCCCAGCAGCUCCGGGACCAGAUCGAGGAACUCAACGCUGCCAUUAACUUGUGCCAGCAGCAGCUGCCUGCUACAGGGGUGCCCAUCACACACCAGCGGUUCGACCAAAUGCGAGACAUGUUUGAUGACUAUGUCCGGACCCGCACACUGCAUAACUGGAAAUUCUGGGUAUUCAGCAUCCUCAUCCGGCCUCUGUUCGAGUCCUUCAAUGGGAUGGUGUCCACAGCAAGCCUGCAGAGCCUCCGCCAGACCUCACUGGCCUGGCUGGACCAGUACUGCUCCCUGCCUGCUCUCCGGCCAACUGUUUUGAAUUCCCUACGCCAGCUGAGUACAUCUACCAGCAUCCUGACGGACCCAGACUGUAUACCCGAGCAAGCCACACGGGCAGUCACAGAGGGCACCGUUGGCAAAUCUUUAUAGUGCUGGCCAGACCCUCCGCUCACUCAGCUGCCCUGGGGCUGCUUUCCCUGGGCACUUCCCUCUGUCCCAGGUCCUGGUGGUCAAGAAGGGUUUCUUCUGACCUCCUGGAAGCCAGGAAGAACUGGCUGUGACCUGGGGGACUCAUCCUCCCUAUUUGGACUUCCAUUUUCUGGUCUGCUAAUUGGGGAUGGGGACGCUUCAACCGGAAGAUGAUCCCAAGGCCUUAGCAGCUGUGGUGCUUGGGGCCUAAGCUGGCAACUCAGGGAGUUUGAAGGAGGGAAGGGGACAUUCCUGUUUCCUUGUCACUCCUACCUGGCCCCCUACAGGCAGGGCUCAGGCCUCUAUUUCUGAGCAGGGAAGCCAAAAAAGAGGUUCCUUCUCUUUGCUCCUCCACUGGUAGCCUGAUGGGGUUGCAUGAAGGCGACCCUGGGUGAGGCCAGGCAGGUCUGAUCCUGGGAGAGAGCAGAGCAGGGCGUGGCCAAACCAGGGCAGGCAUCUGGUGUGUGUGUGUGUGUGUGUGUGUGUGUGUGUGUGUGUGUGUGUGUGUGUGUGUGUAUGCAUGUGUGUGGAUUUUGUAAAGAGUUCUUGACCAAUACAAAUAAAAACUGUUGGGGACUGUCAGCGUGUCUCACUCUGGGAUGGAGAGAGAGCGGUUGGCAGUGGGAGGUGGCCUUGUAGGGGCCUCACAGGCCAUGAGAAGACCUCAGCUUGUCCUCUGAGCUGGAAGCCCCUGGAGGGUUUUGAGUGGAGGCAGGACAAAAUCAGAUGUAACUUCUCAACAGGAUCCCUCUGGGUGCUGAGUUGAGAAUAGGACGUGAGGGGUCAGUUUCAGGUAUUGCUGUCAUCCAGGCGAGAGAGGACAGACACUCAUCCUGGAAAUCCUCCCUCUGUGGCCAGGAGGAGGUUCAGAGAGGCUCACCACCUUCUACGUUAGAGGAGGGCAGAUCUGGGACCAGGGAGUGGGGGUGACAGGGCCUUCCAUUGGAAUCAUCCAGAAGAAAAUGCUGCCCCAGAGGGUAGUGACUGCCCCACGGUGUGAGAUGCAAGCAGAGGGUGGGCAGCCACUGCAUCAGGAUAUCUUAGAAGGAGCUGAUACUGCAGAUGGGGAGCUGGGUAAAUGGCCCCAGUCCUUCAUUGAUCCUUUCAUUGAUCCAUUUAACAAAUAUUUCCUGGGACUGCUCUGGACCAGGCACUGGUCCUGGUUCUGGGGAUUUUGCUUACCGCUGCAUCCCUCUCCUCUCCAAUGAGCUGACACUCAAGCCUGGCGAGUCUGAAUCCUCUCAUGUCCUCAGAAUCUUCUGAAGAUGUUUGUAGGCUAGAAAGAGUCUUCUGGGGGCUUUGAUUUCCCGCAUUUGUGUAGAAUACUAAUAACAAGAACAUUCAUAACUGGACACUGAUCUAGUUUUUACCACGUGCCAAGCACGAUUCUAAGCACUUUAUGUAUAUUCAGUCCCUUAAUCCUCAUGACACCUACAUCUAUAGGCCUGUUGUGAGGCCUGAGGGGUAAGUAUACACAAAGCACUUACAACAGUGCCUGGCAUGUAACACGAAGAGAGAGUUAGCAUAAUGACUACUAUUGUCCCCACUUUACAGGUGAAAAAUUGAGGUACAGAGAGAUUAGCCCAAGUUAGCGGAGUGCCCACCCAGACUAUCUGACUUCAGAGUUUCUGCUUUUAGCCACUUUCUACUGGGCGGGUGACAGGUGUACCUAGCUUUUAAGUGCUGCUGCAGACAAGAGGCUCUCUAAAAGGUAAAAUCUUCUCAGUCUGUGCUCCGCUGUGUUCACCCAUGCACCCUGCCAGGAAGGUCCUCAUAUGACUUCCCCUUGACCCUGCGUCCCCUCUAGAUGCCACCUUCCCUUGAGAGAGUCAUCUACACCUGCUCCCUCCUCCCCUCCCACUCCUGCCUUUGGGCUCCUUCUCCCUCCCCCUUCUGCCCCAGCUUCACCCCUGCCCUGGCUCACCUGACUCCCUUGUUGCCAAAUCCAAAUCCAACACUUUGCCGUCCUUUUCUUGCCUUCUCCUGGGCCCUUGGACCUCCUCCUUGAACCAAGCUUUCCCAGCAAAUCCAGACUUCUCCCAGGCCCUCCUUCAUCCUGACAGCAUCUUCUCAGUUCCUGCUCUGGGAGACUCUUCUUCCACCUGUCCCUUCCUCGGCCCACUUCCCAUCUCACUCUCGGGCAAGACUCAGCAAUGCCAUCCCCUCCGGCCCCUCUGCUGAGGGCUCUCUAUUCUGUAUCUGCACUGUCCUUUCCCCAGAACUACACAAUCACAUAUCUGACUGCCACCCUGAGCCCUCCAUCUGAAUGUUCCACAGCAUCCUUAACCUUGAAGGAGCCAAAAUAGAACUCAUCAUUUUCAAGACUGAAGCACAUAGUCUUCCCCCUCCAACUGGAACCUUCCUCUGCUCCCCAUGCCUAGGAAGGGCACCACCAUCUAGACACUUGUGGAAACAAGAAACAGUCAUCUUUGGCUCUUCCCCAUACCCUGCUGCCCUGUGGUGUCUGUUACCAAGGCCUGGCCAGUUGACCUCAUAAGCAUCUAUCCCCAUGGCCACUGCACUAUUCCAAAUAGAACAUCAUCUUUACAUACACUCACUCUCUUUUUUUUUUUUCGAUUUAAAUACAGUUAGUUUUCAAGGUUGUGUUAAUUUCUGGUUACAGCAUAAAAUGAUUCAAUUUUACAUAUAUAUUCCUUUUCACAUUCUUUUUCAUUAUAGGCUAUUACAAGGUAUUGAAUAUAGUUCCCUGUGCCCACCCAGACUAUCUGACUUCAGAGUUUCUGCUUUUCAUUAUAGGACCUUGAUGUUUAUCUAUUUUACAUAUAGUAUUUUACAUAUAGUAGUUAGUAUCUGCAAAUCCUGAACUCCCAAUUUAUCCGUCCCCAUCCCCUUUCCCCUCUGAUAACCAUAAAUUUGUUUUCUACGUCUGUGAGUCUGUUUGUUUUAUAAAUAAGUUCACUUGUGUCAUUUUUAGAUUCCACAUAUAAGUGAUAUUAUAUAGUAUUUUUCUUUUUAUGGCUUACUUCACUUAGUAUGAUAAUCUCUAGGUCUAUCCAUGUUGCUGCAAAUGGCAUUUUUAUGGCUGAGUAGUAUUCCAUUGUGUAUACAUACCACAUCUUCUUUAUCCAGUCAUCUGUCAAUGGGCAUUUGGGUUGCUUCCAUGUCUUGGCUUUUGUAAAUAGUGCUAUGAACAUUGGGGUGCAUGUAUCUAUUCAAAUUAGACUUUUCUCCAGAUAUAUGCCCAGGAAUGGGAUUGUGGGAUCAUAUGGUAAGUCUGUUUUUAGUUUUUUAAGGAAUCUCCAUAAUGUUUUCCAUAAUGACUGCACCAAAAUACCUUCCCACCAACAGUGUAGGAGGGUUCCCUUUUCUCCACACCCUUUCCAGUAUUUAAAUAAACCUAAUUCCCUUCCCCCAAAUAAUAAAGACAUUGAAAGAAAGGAAAAUUAAACUCAUGAUCACAGAUGCAAAUUUCUAAGUAAGACAUAAACAAAAUAGCAUCUAGCUAUACGAAAAAAAAAAAAAAAAGACAGCUUUGUCUCUAGCUUUAUGGCUGGGCCCACAGUUCUAAAUAGCAGAUUAUGGAGGAAAAGCUCCAGGGUGCUCUGGACACCUCCUCCCAGCCAUCCCCACCCCACUGCCCACAGCUGAGUCCAUGCCAAUCCCCCCUUCUCCCCUCAGCAAGGACAAAAGGGAAGGAAGUGAGGCCACUUCAUUUGCUCUUUGACUGGAUCUGUUUCCUCACCCGAAGUUGUGAAUGAGUCUUACUGUCAUCUAGUCUCUGCAGCAGCCUCUGUCCUCACAGGGUCCUUCUCAAGGCCAGAAGGGCUGCACUGUCAGGAAAGGCUCCCUGGUGGCUAUGGAGAUGUUUAAAUCUGGCAUCCCUAACCCUGGUACUUCGACUCUCUCUGAGUUGUGGGGCUGGGAGGCCCAUGGAGCAAGCCUGUUCUGGAAACAUUCCCUCUCCAGCUAAGCAGGUCUGGUCCAGAUUCUAUCAUUAGUCUUUCAGAACAUCUCUUUUCUGGUGAAAUGUGAAUAAACUCUGUAGAUUGUAUCAAUGCAAA